UUGCCGACCUAGAUAGGGAGGCUGACACCAGGGCCCCAGCUAACUAGUGCCUGUCCCUGGCUGCGCCUGUGAUUCUAUAUAAGUCAAUUGACCGUCCUUACCUAAUCGUCACCUUCCCGCCCAGGCCCAUUAUUACGCAAGACAGAGAGGAGAGGGGUGGAGUUUGGAGAGCUUGGAGCUGACAGCUGAGGCCUUGUGUGAACUACAGAGUGUGAAGAUAUGGCGCGGAGCCCAGCUCAUGUCGCUCUCCUGUCACUUGCUGUGCUCCUCCUCCUUCCCACUGCGUGGUCGGCGACGUUCACGAUGACGAACAACUGCGGCUACACGGUGUGGCCGGGGCUGCUGUCGGGCGCCGGCACGGCCCCGCUGUCCACGACGGGGUUCGCGCUGGCUCACGGCGCGUCGGCGACGGUGGACGCGCCGGCGAAAUGGUCGGGGCGCAUGUGGGCGCGCACGCUUUGCGCCACGGACGCCGCCACGGGCAAGCUCUCCUGCGCCACGGGCGACUGCGGUUCCAGUAGCGUCCAGUGCAACGGCGGCGGAGCCGCGCCGCCGGCCACGCUGGCGGAGUUCACGCUCGACGGAUCCGGCGGCUUGGACUUCUUCGACGUCAGUCUCGUCGACGGGUACAACCUCCCGAUGCUCAUCGUCCCGCAUGGCGCGGGCGGCGGCAACGGGUCCGCCGAUGCCGGCAAGUGCAUGGCCACCGGCUGCCUCGUCGAUCUCAACGGCGCGUGCCCGGUCGAUCUAAGGGUGAUGGCUGCAGCCACGAGCGCCGGCGCGAGCGUGGGCGGCGGCGGCGCCGUGGCGUGCCGCAGCGCGUGCGAGGCGUUCGGGACGGCGCAGUACUGCUGCAGCGGCGCGUACGGGAGCCCCAACACGUGCCGGCCGUCGACGUACUCGCAGUUCUUUAAGAACGCGUGCCCGCGCGCGUACAGCUACGCCUACGACGACUCCACGUCCACCUUCACGUGCGCCGCCGGCACCAACUACGCCAUCACCUUCUGCCCGAGCACCACCAGCGGGAAGUACUCCGGCGAGAACCCGCAGGCCGCGGGCGUGCAGCCCACGGACGGCACGAUGGUCUACCUCGGCGGCGAGCAGCUCGCCACCGGGGACGCCUCGGUCGCCGCCCGCGCGUCGCAGCUCCUCCUGGCCGUCGCCCUCGCCGUCGCGCUGCUCUGAGCUGGCCGGCCGGCCGGCCUCUCCGUGUGAAAUGGUAGCAGGAGUCGGCGUUGUACAGCGAGCGCACCCGCAGGCGUGUCCAGCCGUGACGGUGGACGGUGGACAGGCGUGUCCAGCCUCUUCAGCCGUGACGGUGGCAGAGAUAAGAUUCCAUACGAGGCCGGGAAAAGAAAAGAAGCUGACAAGAGUGCUACGGAUAACCGAGAAAACAACAAUAUCUCCAUACGGAUCGCAGCUUUCUAGCCUUCUAUGUAGCUUAUAUAGUAGGGUUAGGAUAACUGGUAGCGUGAGUCAAUUAACCUUUUCAUUCUUCUCCACGCUUCGUCGAUUUGUUGAGCCGAAACGAUGUGCUCGUUGUUCGUGUGCUAUAGAUUACAGUGACGAUGGUUACUUAAACUGAGCAGGGUGAAAAUAUCAGCGUUCCUUGA